AUGGCCGAUCUUCACAGAACCCACCACUCCAAACCCGAGCACUAUCAAUUGGCACCAUUGGAUCCAGUCCUUGCAGAGCAAUUGCCCGACAUGGCACCUUCUAUCUACAUUGACGAGGACGUCGGUGUCGACGACGCCACCGCGACCGGUUCCGAGACCGCUCCCUACAAGACUCUUGUGCACGCCUUUGUGCAGCACGCGCCCACCACCGAGGGUAUUCAAUACUUUACCCGCAAGUCACAGACAGAUGCUGCCGGUGAUGAUGUCGACCCUGCCGCCAAGCUGGAGUGGAAGCCCGCCACCAAGUCCGCCAUGAAGAAGGCCACCAACCUGUACGAGCAGCGCAAGAAGAAGGCCGCCAAGGAGCAGGAGCUGGCUAUCCGCGAGAAGGCCGAGGCCGAAAAGCGCCAGAAGGUUCUCGAGGAGGCUAAGAAGAUCGUAAUUAAGGAGGACACCUCGCUGCCCAAGCCUGUGCGCAUUCGUCUGGAUGUCACCGACCCCGCCAUUGUCAAGCUGCGCGCCCCCGGCUCCGACCAGCCAGGUACCCGUGUUCGCGUCCUCGGUCGUGUUCACCGUGCUCGUGCCCAGAAGGAUGUCGUCUUCAUUACCCUGGCCGAUGGCUAUGGUUAUCUCCAGUGUAUUCUGACCGGCGAUAUGGUCAAGACUUACGAUAUCAUGACUCUGACCCUCGAGACCUCCAUGGUCAUUCACGGUGAGAUGCGCGCCGUCCCCGCUGGAGCUCACGCUCCCAACGGCCGUGAGCUGCACGCCGAUUUCUUUACCAUCAUUGGCCGCGCUGCCGGUGACAAGGAGGCGAUUACCACCCGUGUCGCCCCCGAUGCUGACCCCCAGACCCUGUACGACAACCGCCACCUGGUCCUCCGUGGUGAGACUUCCUCCUCUGUGAUGAAGGUGCGCUCCGCCGUCCUGCGCGCUUUCCGCAAGUCGUUCGAGUCCCACCGCAUGUUGGAGGUGACCCCUCCCGCCAUGGUUCAGACCCAAGAGACCUGUCUCCCCUCCCUGGGCGACGUGUACUGUGUCUGCCCCUCUUUCCGCGCAGAGAAGUCUCUCACCCGUCGCCACUUGUCCGAGUACACUCACAUCGAAGCUGAGCUCGAUUUCAUUACCUUCAACGACCUCCUGGACCACAUUGAGGAGCUGAUCUGUCGUGUGAUCAACUACACCCUCGCAGAGCCUGAAAUCGCCAACUACAUCAAGACUCUGAACCCCGACUUCAAGCCCCCGAGUCGUCCCUUCCGCCGCAUGAAGUACUCUGAUGCCAUUGACUGGCUCGUGGAGCACAACAUUCCUAACGAGGAGGGCGAGCCCCACAAGUUCGGCGACGAUAUCGCCGAGGCCGCGGAGCGCAAGAUGACGGAUAUCAUCAACACUCCUAUCUUCCUCACUCACUUCCCUGCGGAGAUCAAGGCCUUCUACAUGAAGAAGGAUCCCGAGGAUCGUCGCGUUACUGAGAGUGUCGACGUCCUCAUGCCUGGUGUUGGCGAGAUCGUUGGUGGAAGUAUGCGUAUGGAUGACUGGGAUGAGCUGAUGGCUGCCUAUAAGCACGAGGGCAUGGACCCUAAGCCUUACUACUGGUACACUGACCAGCGCAAGUACGGUACCUCCCCCCACGGAGGCUACGGUCUCGGUCUGGAGCGUUUCCUCGCCUGGCUGUGCGGUCGCUACACUGUCCGUGAUUGCUCGCUCUACCCCCGCUUCACUAACCGUUGCACCCCGUAA